UGUCCACUCUGAGUUGGAGGCAGACAUCCACACAACCUGCAAGCUCUGUGUGCGAGUGAGCUGAGCUAGGCCACCAGCCCUUGGGUAUCCUGUGGUGUUUGGGUUUCUGGAGGAGAAGCUGCUGGUGCAGUAGCCAUGUCACUCUGUCCUUUGGCCUUCACCCUCUUCUUGACUGUUGUUGCUGGUAUCAAGUGCAAUGGGACAGAAAUGUGUGCCGGAAGCCCUGGUAUCCCCGGCACUCCUGGAAUCCAUGGCCUUCCCGGCAGAGAUGGGAGAGAUGGUAUUAAAGGAGACCCUGGACCUCCAGGUCCCAUGGGCCCUCCUGGAGGCAUGCCAGGUCUUCCUGGACGUGAUGGGUUGCCUGGAGCUCCUGGUGCGCCUGGAGAACAUGGAGACAAAGGAGAGCCUGGAGAGAGGGGUCUUCCAGGGUUUCCAGCUUACCUGGAUGAGGAACUUCAGACUGAACUCCAAGAGAUCAGACAUAAGAUUCUGCAAAUCAUGGGAGUCCUUAGCUUACAUGGAUCCAUGUUGUCAGUGGGAGAGAAAGUCUUUUCCACCAAUGGGCAAUCAGUCAACUUUGAUACCAUUAGAGAGACGUGUACCAGAGCAGGUGGCAACGUUGCUGUCCCAAGGAAUCCAGAGGAGAACAAGGCCAUCUCAAGUAUCGUGAAUAAGCACAACACCUAUGCCUAUUUGGGCAUGGUUGAAGACCAGACCCCUGGAGACUUCCGAUACCUGGAUGGGGCUUCUGUGAACUACACCAACUGGUACCCAGGGGAGCCCAGGGGCAGAGGCAAAGAGAAGUGUGUAGAAAUGUAUACAAAUGGACAGUGGAAUGACAAGACUUGCCUGCAGUACCGGCUGGCCAUUUGUGAAUUUUGAUCAAGCACUUAGAUAAACAAAUAAAAUCACACAUUGUCCUUUAUCCUCUAUCCUGAUGAUUCAUCUGAUCUAUAGGAUGCUGCAACUCCCUCCAACCAAAUUUCUUUGUGACUAUUAGAAUUAGCACCAUUCUUAGUCAUUCCAUCUCCCAUAUGAGCCCUAAACUCUUCUCCAUACACAGUAGUACCUCCCGAAAGCCCCUAGAGUCCCUUCUGAGCAUUCAUUCAAGGCAGCCACUGCCAACCUUGCCCUUCACUAUGAGAUGGAGACUUCCUUUUUCCUCAUCUUGCCUAGUUUCUUCAUUUAUAAAUGGUGUAUAUGAGGUCUCAGCAUGGAAGGACCCUGUAAAUUACACAGAAGUGCCUGCUCCCCUGCCCUGCGGCUCACCUUUUCACUGCCUCAAGAUUUAGAAGUCCAGGUUAAACAUAAAGAUAGACAUAGGGGACUUCCAGGAAAUGUCUAGUGAGUGGAACUAGGCUACAUUCAGUGUCAUCUCCACUCAUGCUUUCAAGGCAAACAUGGUCUUGCAGAAGUCAGGGAGUGCCACAGCAUAGUACUGGUGUUUCACACCUUCCCUUGUUGACAAUGUAUAGCCCCAUCCCUUGGAUCUGGAGGUGCCAGUUUAGCCUCUCGAUCUAACUGCAGCCAUCCAGGAGAACCACCCUUCCACCCUAGACCCUAACUCUGGUUAUUUUCUGCUAAUGGCCACAGCCCCACUCCACUUCAUAUCACUGAGGCAUGCUCAUCACUAACUGCAUUUGUUUCUCCCCUCAUUAGCUCAAUCAGCUAUUUUGUUAAAAUCAACUGUGUUCCACAUGCUAGGUUGUCUUCUGGUGAGCCCUGCGAAUAACUGUUUUCUUUGAGCUUAUUUCUUCAUCUAUGUGAUGGAAAUAAAGUAAUUAUUACAAGUA